UCACGCAGCUCAGCUCGUUUAGCUUCUUUCGGGCUAAAGGACGCGACUCGGUGGAAUAUGAGGAUGUGCUGCUGAUGGUUUUGUCUGUAAAUGGUGGAAAAGGUUCGUGGUGCUUGAAGCUUUUUCACUGGCACCAACUUUCGGUGUUCACGGCGAUAGUGACGAGUGAAGGAGACACGAGCGAACAAAAUCAGGGAGGCGGGGGCGCGGAGUCAAGAGAGAGAAGGUAAACAAGUGAAGCGGCGAAAUCAGAAUUUAAUAUAAGCAUUAUAUCGAUAUAUACGAUAUGUCAGAAUUCAUAUCGAGUUUAAAAACUAUCUCGAUAUAUUUAAAAUAUCGAUAUAUCGCCCACCCCUAGGCUGAAGAUCUAACCACUGUGCCACCAUGCUUCGAUACUCCCAAUAGGCUAUAGGAAUAUUUGAGCAGAAUAUUGAACAGAAAAUGUUUUCACCUAUCCCACAUCUCCUCCCACAACUCACAGUACUUGAAAUUAUUGAUUUAUGUAUUUAUUUUGGGCAAGUAAGAAUGUACAUUCUUUUACAAUGGAACACAUAACAUUAAUGAAAUCACCAAAAAAAAAGGAGUGGAAAGAAGAAAACUAAACAUUCAGACUCCAAGUGAUACAUGUUGGGUUAAAAAAAAUCAAAAACAUGUCUUUUAAGUACUAAUACUAAAGAGGAAUUAAAGCAUCUAGCUUGACAGAUGUAAAGAAAUUCUAACAUGGACAACCUAAGCCCAAAUGGAUAUUAUAGGGCAUACUUUCAGGUGCAAAUGACCUUAUUUGUAUUUUGGUUUUACAGUUUACUGAGGAAGGCUGUAAAAUCUUUUGUAGUAACAUGAGACCACCCCAUGUAGGGUUUUCUAAGUCAUACAUUAUUUAAACGGUUGUGGGGUCGUUCAAACACCAGUAAACAUUUGUCAGAUACAAAGACAAGUGUGCCACUACGCAUCUCACAAAAGAGCAAGAAAAUGCUAAGAGAGCCCCUGAGUGCUGCCAUAAAUGCUUUUAAGUCAUUGUCGAGAGUAAAAUGCUUGUGUUUUCUCCUCUGUUUGUCUUGUACUGUAGGCACUACAUCUGUGAGACCAAAGGUUACGACAGUGAUCAGCUGGUGUUUGCCUGAGGGCUAAUAGGCAGUGGUGUUUGGGACCAGGAUAUAUAAAGCUAAGAGUUGCUCUGGCACAGUGUCAUCUGCUGAAGCCAGCGUGAACUCAAAGAUGCAGUCCGUGAAAGAAACACGUGCGCACAGGACGUCUUUCUCUGUGGAAAACAUCCUCGACCCGAGCAAAUUUACGCGCAGGAGGCCAGAUCAAGAUGCUGCUUUGGAAACUGCAGAGAACCAAGAGCUCAAGCCCUGUCUGGUCCAUGCUUCUUCAGAUGACAACAGCAGCCCAGACGAGGAGGAGGAUCAAGAUACAAAAAACACAAAAAUGAAGACCAAAAGUCGCCGCAUCCGCACUGCAUUCACCUUGGAGCAGCUUCAGAUCCUGGAGCACAGUUUUCAAAGGUGCCACUAUUUGUCAGUGCUGGAGAGACACAACAUCUCCACUCACCUGCACCUAUCUGAGACACAAGUGAAGAUUUGGUUCCAAAAUAGGCGUACAAAGUGGAAGAAGGAAAGGCACCAUGGCAAGGAAGGAGAGGACGAUCACUGUUCCUUCAUGCCUAUGUCUUUCACCUCUCAUCCAUCAUCAUUCUACAGCCCUGUGCCCUAUGACGUACUGUAUAACGCCCCGUACUGUCAGCAACGCACCCCAGUCCAUGUGUUUACACCCUCACCUCUGGUGCUCUACUCCUAUUACAGAUAAUGGACAAUAUCUGUGUGCAUGACUGGAAAACUGAAAAAGCUUACUGCUAGCAACACUGAUGAAUGUGUGUGUGUGUGUGCGUGUGUGUGUGUGUGUGUGUGUGUGUGUGUGUGUGUGUGCGUGUGUGUGUGUGUGUGUGUGUGUGUGUGUGCGUGCGUGUGCGUGCGUGUGUUAAAUGGACCACUAAAUAUUUUAAUAUUUUUUUAGAAUGAGAAUAUAUAUAUUAUU